UAGAGAGCAGACGGAGCAGCCGUCCGAUGGCUUGAAAACGGGGAAUAACUGUGGAUCACAGCGGAUUUAUUGCGCCACACAAGCCAAGAGGAGCAAAACGGCGGUCACAGGAGGAGAUUGGAUGUUGAUACGAAAGAGGAUAUAGCAUCUUUGAGUGAGACUGUUGGCUUUUGGUUGCGGUUGCAGACCCGGACACAGACAACACAGAGACAGACGGAAAGAAGUACCAGAGCCGCCGCGACACCACCGAGCGAACUUGGCUUCUCUGCCCGGUGGGAGGUGUCUGUCUGUCGGUCGCGGCUCACUGCACAUACCGCUCACCGCCACGCUGUUCGGACCUUCUUCUUUUUUUUUUUAGAAGGAUACGGUUGUUACUAAGUUAUGUUUUUGUAAAUAUCUUCUUUUUCGGGGUUUUCGACAACCAACUGUGGCUUUAAUGUGACGCACUAUACUGACAUUUGUGCUGUGUCGGAGCGGACCCCCACUGCAGAGGAGUUACAGGCUUAUAAAUCAAGUUUUUACCUUCAUAUUUCUACGGUGCCAAGACAGCCCACACCAAUGUAAUAGAGACAAGGGCCAAAGCAGAUCAAGCUGGGCCAGGCUUGGCCAGGCUAGGCCUACCUAGCCUUCUGUCUGGCCUUACCAGACAGGAAAGUGACCUCUACACAGAGUCCUAUCGUCAACGACUAGGGGGUGUGUUCUGAAAGAAACUUCACCAGACCUGCACGUCCAGCUGUCACGGAUUGGAUUCCAAUCAUAUUUUGUUUUAUCAGCCCUGGAGAGGCCAUAGUGGUCCGUGCUAUCGCCAGUCCUUCCAUGUCGUGGAUGUCCCUAUCUGGAUGUUGGCAACAGGAUGGAUUCGGGUGUUAAUUUGACGGUUGUCACCUCAUUGCAGUUUUUGCACCCCCCCUCCUUUGACUGGCUUUCGUCCUUUCCCUCCCCAAUCUUUAAGCGAAAGCCCCUGCCUCUCUCUUGGGGCUUUCCUGAGCCCUGUACAGAAGGGCCUUGUUGGAACUGUAGGUUGUCUUGUUGAAACAAUUGACAUUGCAAAGAGGAAGCAGACUUAUACAUCCCUUUUCUUUUUCCUUGGGUUUGGAGGUUGGAGAGCUUUUCAUUUGACAAAGAGGCUUGCAAGUAGAGAUUUGUGCCUGCAUACACAUAGUGUACACAUUUAUUUAUACGUACAGAAUUCCUUUUUUGUGGUCUGAGCCUCGGGUGGAAUGUCUGAAAGCAAUAGUAGCAGUAAAGCGGUGAAAUUCAUUGCUCCGGCCCCCCCUCCUCCCUCAGCCUCUACCUCUCUAUCCCCCCAGACCCCCAAUAAGAAUGUGAACGGCUCCGUCAGUUCAGACACGGACGUGGUGGAGAAGCUCGGUGUACACCCUGAGGUCCAACGCCGGCGCCACACGAUGGAUAGAGACUCUAAAAUAGCCGAGCAUCGUUUCUUCCGCCGGAGUGUCAUUUGUGACUCCAAUGUCACAGCUUUGGACCUGCCCAGCAAAGCAGCUGUGAUAAUCACCUCACCUCCAGACUGUGAAGGGGCUCCCACCUUCUUGCUUCCACAGCCCUCAGGUCCUGGACUUGGGGUUCGAGACGCUGAAGGCGGGGAGGUUUCAAGAGUUCCCUAUGUGCAAAGCUCAACCCUUCAGCCUGGCCUUGGUGGGGCAGUUGCGGAGGGGCACUUAGAAAAUGCUGAUGAAGAAUUAGGUGAGGGCAGUAUCACGAUUGCUGUUCCCACCAGUGGUAUUGUUGAAGAACAUACUGCAGACGGGGCAGUAAAAGAGCCCAGCCCGGCAGUAUUGGAUGUUACCGACAAAACGGUGGGCAAACAGCCUGACGUCACAUUGCGCCCCAGAGGUGUAGGGGACACACAACAGGUGGCAAAAGAUGGAAAAGUGAUAGAACAUGUGGACGGGGGUAGUGUUAGUACUCCGACAGAGGAGAAAGAGAAGGAGACAGAGGAGGAGAGAGAGCUGGCAAAAGCACGAGCGGAGCAGAGGGAGGCCGAGAAACGAGUGCAAGAGGAUAUAGAGGAGGUGGAGACAAAAGCUGUGGGGACUUCAACAGAUGGGCGCUUCCUAAAAUUUGACAUCGAGAUUGGAAGAGGGUCCUUUAAGACUGUGUACAAGGGACUGGAUACAGAGACGACUGUGGAAGUGGCAUGGUGUGAGCUCCAGGAUCGCAAGCUGUCCAAGUCGGAGCGCCAGCGCUUUAAAGAGGAGGCCGGGAUGUUGAAGGGUCUCCAGCAUCCUAACAUUGUCCGCUUCUAUGACUCCUGGGAGGGACCCUGCAAAGGAAAGAAAUGUAUUGUUCUGGUGACGGAGCUCAUGACAUCUGGCACACUUAAAACCUACCUGAAGCGUUUCAAGGUGAUGAAAAUCAAGGUUCUGCGCUCGUGGUGCAGACAGAUCCUCAAAGGCCUUCACUUCCUGCACACCAGAACCCCGCCCAUCAUUCACAGGGACCUGAAGUGCGACAACAUCUUUAUCACAGGGCCCACAGGCUCGGUGAAGAUAGGGGACCUGGGUUUAGCCACGCUAAAGAGGGCCUCCUUUGCCAAGAGUGUCAUAGGAACCCCAGAGUUUAUGGCUCCAGAGAUGUAUGAGGAGAAGUAUGAUGAAUCCGUAGACGUCUACGCCUUCGGGAUGUGUAUGCUGGAGAUGGCUACCUCAGAGUACCCCUACUCUGAAUGUCAAAACGCUGCCCAGAUCUACAGGCGGGUUACUAGUGGAGUUAAGCCUGGCAGCUUUGACAAGGUAGCCAUUCCUGAGGUGAAGGAAAUUAUAGAAGGCUGCAUCAGAACAAACAAGGAUGAGAGGUAUGCAAUAAAGAUCUUGUUGAACCAUGCGUUCUUCCAGGAGGACACGGGGGUCAGGGUUGAACUGGCAGAGGAGGAUGAUGGGGAAAUGAUUGCCAUCAAACUCUGGCUCAGGAUAGAAGACGUCAAGAAGCUCAAAGGCAAAUACAAAGACAACGAAGCCAUCGAGUUCUCCUUUGACCUGAACAAGGACGUCUCUGAAGAUGUGGCCCAGGAAAUGGUUGAGUCUGGAUACGUUGCUGAGGGGGACCAUAAGACCAUGGCCAAGGCUAUCAAGGACCGCGUGUCUCUGAUCCGGCGGAAGAGAGAACAGAGGCAGCUGGUACGAGAGGAGCAGGAGAAGAGAAAACUGGAGACUGAACAACAACAACAACAACAACAGCUUCAGCAGCAACAACAACAACAGCAGCAACAACAACAGCAGCAACAGCAACAACAGCAACAGCAGCAACAACAACAGCAGCAACAACAACAGCAGCAACAAGAAUUACUCAAACUUUCCCACACACAGGUAGAAGUAGAGGAGACUGAAGUGGAGCAACAGCAGCUUCACUAUCAGCAGACCGGCAUCUCACACGCAUCUGAAGGAGGUCUGGACAGCGGACAGGGUUCCUCCGUUUUCUCCUCAGACUCCCCCCACCUGGGUCAACUGACCAUGUCGUACAGCUGUCCCCUCUCCUCUCACCCCCCUUCCCAGCCCCAAACCCCCUACCCCUCCACCCCCGCUGCUAACCCGCAGCAGCACCCAGGCUUCGCCCAGUCACCGCAGCCAAUGCAGCAUUCAAUGCCGCACCCCUACAGUGGAGGAGGAAACACAGGAGGAGCAGGAGGGAGCAUCCCCCUCCAAACUCUCCCAGACCCCCCUACUAUGUUCUUUCCCUCCAUCCCCGAGCGCCCAAUUUCCUUCUCUCCUCCCCCAACUGGGCCUCCUAAAGCCUACAACACCCAGAGACGCAAGAGCACGUCCAUUCUCGAGGCACAUACCCGACACUUCCAGCCUGCUUACACUCGCUAUGGGAGCAGCCUGCAUCCCUUUUCUGGGAUGGAGGGCGUUGAGACCCCUUCUCUCUUCAUGGUAAAUCCCAGUUUUGCAGCAGCUGCUCAAAGACUUGGUGUUGGGGAGCCGCUGCAUCUCCAAGGACAAUCUGACCCAAGUUUGUACGGUUAUAAAGACAUGAGAGCAGAGCAUGAGGAAGCAGUGAGGAGGUUAAGUCUAAAUCAAGCUGUCUUAUUGGACCAUUAUGAAGCAAUGGCAUAUGGAGGAUACCCAAUGACUGCACACCAGCUUGGCCACUUGAGUUUCCAUCAGCAGAGGCAAGCCGCAGCUGCUAGUAUGGGUUAUGAUCCUGUUCCUCCACCCCAACCAGGGUUCUUGCACACACACCUCAUGCAAAGAAUGAGCGCACACAGCCCAAUCCCUCCACCUUUACCCACCGGUGGCUCUUCUUCAUCAUCUGAUGGAUGCUAUCCUCCACCACAGCAUGCUUCCUCUUCUGCUUUCCCUAUGUCUGCACCUCCAGUAAUGGCCGAAGCCCCACCAUCCACAGGAAGUGUUUUCGAGUUCCAUUUAGCAGCAGCCGCUGCCGCAGCUGCUGCUGCGGACCCUAGCCUCCUGGCUUCCAGACUUUACCGGGCCCGAAGGAGCUCCAUGGACCUACCAUUAGAGGACAACACUGGAACUGGAUCAGGUGGUUCAGGCACGUAUAGUCGUCUCCAGCCGGUGACAGAAGAGCUGUACUCGUAUAUGAGCCCCGAGCUCCCCUUACCUCCAGGAAGUCUUCUUCUUCACCACAUAGGUGUAGCCGCAAAAGACAGAAGUCCUGAACCUUCUAGUGACUCUUUUACCUCCUCUGACGCCGGGGAGUUCCAGUCACCUCCUCUCCCACCUCUCCUCCCUCCCUUCGACUCCUCAGCUGCUCAGUCCAUCCCUCACUCGUCCUCCGCUGCGUUCUACGAUUCAUCCGGAGGAGUGUUCUCCGUAGAUCCCCAGGGACAUCCACCCUCCAUGCAGAGCUUUCUCCCUGCUACCCCAUCCACUGAGCUUGGGGGAGCAUCGUCCACCCAGCUGGAGUCUCUGAUCCAGAGUGCCUGGGCUCGGCAUGGAGGGGUGAUACCAGCCCAACCCGAUAUGACAUACCAUGAGUCAUUGCUGGCCAUGCAGGCCGCUAACCCCACUCUGCAGCAGGUUCAGGCUCCCAUCCCGCAGUCCUCUCCGGGACCACCUCUGGUCCCUGCCAACACCCAGCCAGCUCCUCCUGGGACCCCCCAACAGGUUGUUUCAUCCAGUCACAGUGUUACAUCAAUUCAGAGCCCCUCACACACAUCUCUACCGCACGCGUCUUCACAGCCCAGUGUAACUCCGUCUACCGUUUCCUUGGUGACCCUGCCCUCUCCUUCGCCGUCCCUCCCUGUUACCAUGCCGACAGCGGCCGUGGCUUCCCCUCCCUCUCCUCUGCCACUCCCUGUUGGGGUGCUGCCUACUAUUGUUUCCCCUCCUCCUCUUCCUCCUGUGCCCCAGCCAUUUGCCACGAUGGUGCCAAUCAUCAGUGUAGUCACCGCCCCGCCUGAUACUCCCAUGGAAGCCCCUCCCCAGUCUGCCUCUCAGUCUUCAGAGCUGUCCCAGUCCCAACUACAGCCACCUCAAGUUCUCUCAUCUAUAGAGAGUGGCCACUCUGAGACUUCAGGUCUUAGUGACGGCAACGAGGGAGGAGGAGGAGGUCGCCAUGAUGGGCGCUCCACCAAGCGACAUCAGAGGCGUUCUGUGCGAAGUCGAUCACGCAAUGAGAAGACCUCCAAGGCGAAACUCAAUGUCCUCAAUAUCUCCAACCGAGGAGACAGGGUCGCAGAGUGUCAGCUGGAGACCCACAACAGGAAGAUGGUGACUUUCAGGUUCGACCUGGAUGGAGAUAACCCUGAGGAGAUCGCCCAGAUCAUGGUCCAGAGCGAGUUUAUCCUGGAGAGUGAGAGGGAGUCGUUCAUUGAGCAGGUCAGAGAGGUGAUAGAGAACGCGGAUGAGAAGGGCCUGGAGAGAGACACAAACAGCCAGAUGGCAGGUGAUAUGGCGCAGCAGAUUCCUGCUAUAUCUGUCCCCAUGCCAGACAUCCCUCCCAGUGCAACAGCACAAGUGGUCCAUUCAGCAGGUCGGAGGUUCAUCGUCAGCCCCGUCCCUGAAGCCAGGCUGAAGGAACAAAUGUUUCCCACAUCUCCUUCUCCUGCCCGAGCACCUCCUGUUGAAACAGCUCCAUCUCCGACUCCAGGCCAGGGUGUGGGGCUGUCCCAGUCUGCUGGAGCCAUAAGCUUUCAACAAGCCUUCUCUGAGCUCAGACAGAGCCAGAAUCAGUUUGAUGCCGGACCCAGCACCGCCCCUGCAUCCAUCCACUCCACCCAUCCUCUUCUGCAGCCUGCAGCAGCUGCUGUCCCUCCACAGGCUAGCUCAGUCACUCCUACUGUGGAUCCUACUGCUGGACUUGUUCCUUCUAGUUUGAACCAGGCACAGGAGCAGGUCUUGGACGCCUCUCUUCCUCCCCCUUCCUCCUCCUCUAUGCCCUAUGUCGGUCUCAGCCCUCCUUGUUCCUCCUCCUCUCCUCCUACUGUGAUGAAUCAGUCCAUUCUUCAGUCACAGGUCCUUUCACAGCCGGGGGUACAGGCUGUGUCCCAACCCCAGGCACAGGUGCCGGUCCAGGGGCAAGCACAAAUUCAGCCCCCGGCUUUCACCCAGCCUCAGUCUCAAACUGUCAUUGCUACUUCAGCACCCUCCACUUUACCACCUGCCAGCAUCUCCAGCGUCCCCCCAUCAAUGCUUACCUCCCCUCCUCCUGCCCAGACUGUCCCUCUUGUAUCCUCCCCUCCCUCCUCCACUCUUCUAGCCGGUGAAGUCUCUUCCGAUCAUCUGUUGGUCUCUCCCACCUCCUCCUCUACUGCUACCCUCUCCUCCUCCCUCAUCCCCACCACUGCCAUCCCAGGCCCGCAGCUCACUCCCGCUGCCUCCUCCCACACCACCACACCUCCCUCCUCCUCCUCCGUGGGGCUCCAGCAAGUGACCACCAGUGUUCCUUCAGCCCUGCCUGGGCAGACGCACACACACUGUGGGGAAUGUGACGCGAGGUGUGAGGCAUUCAAUGAGUCCCAAGGCAAACCGGACGACAUCCAAGCUCUGGAGAAGAAGCUGCGGUCUCUCUUCAUGGACCUCGGUGGAGGGGUGCCAUCCAGCCAGGGAGACAUCUUAGCUGCUGACCCUGCCUCUGGAGGCCACGUGCCAGGUACCUCGUCACCAGUAGGCCCCUGCUCUACCUCCAGCACAUCUGUCACCACGCCGGUCUCCAGCCAGACAGCCAAUCCUCCUCAGCCCCCCUCCAGCCUGCCGCUGGGGUCACCUGCUCCUAACCAGGGACCGGGAACUCCCAUCUCCACCCCUGCACCGAUUGUUUCUACAGUCAUCCCUGCUUCAUCCUUCGGCCAGACCACUCCAUCCAAACCUCCUUUAUCCAGGGCUCCGGCCAGUUCUCCUCCUUCAGAACUCCUGCCAUCAUUCCCUGGACCUUGUCUAUUACAGUCCCAGCAGCCUCUGGAGGACCUGGAUGCUCAGUUGAGGAGAGCACUGAGCCCAGAGACCGUUCCUGUCUGCACACACACACAGGCCUCUCACAGUGGCAUCCAUUCACUGGGACAUCCAAUUCCCUUAUCUCUGGAUGAAGCGACGGAGUCCUCUUCUAGUGCUUCAGGUGGAAUUAAACUGGGAAGAUUUCAGGUCUCAUUGGCUACUGAAGCACCUCCUGUCCAACGCCCGGCCUACACUGAAUCUUCCUCCACCACCUCCACCUCGUCUUCUUCCUCCUCUUCCUCUUCCAGUCUCUCCAGCCCGGAGAAUACACUGCACAAGAACUCCUUGUCUCCUCUGAGAGGGGGAGGAGGCCAAGGAGGAGACGUCGUUGACGGACUCCCCCAACGGUCUCUGGCAGGGGCCCACCACCCCUCCCCCCUCACCUCGCCGUGCCCCUCUCCUAAGCCCAUUACUACCAUCGGACGCUUCCAGGUUACCACCAACCCAGAGGCCCGUGUUGGUAGAUUCUUAGUCAGUCGCGCCCAGGAGCAGAGCCUCGAGUCCAGGCAGACCCCUCCACCCGCUGCCCAGGCUGCUAACGGCCCCAGUAAUCCUGGGCAGGUUUUGAGUCCAGACUCCACUCAUAAAGCCUCGCUGCCAAGUCUAAACAACAACUCCUUCAAUAACUCCUACAUCAGCAGUGACAACGACUCCGAAUUUGAGGAUGACGACUUUAAACUGGAAGUCAGCCACCUCAGAGAAAAGCACAUGCGUGAGAACCUGGCCCUGCACUCCCGCCAGAAGGAGGAAAUAGACAGUCUCUUCACCAGGCUGGGAAAGGUUCCUCCAGCUGCAGUGCUCCCCCCAGUUAUAGGCUUGACUGGCAGAAGGAGACGACCUACCAAAAGCAAAUCGUCCAGAACCAGCUCCUCGCACAGCAGCAAGAGUCCGUUACAGCCAGGCAGCACUUUAUCCGCCCAGAGCGUCCCCACCAUGUACCCCGGCCAGCUGGCUCUGUUAGCCCCUGGAGGAUUAGCCGAUUCAGGCAGCAGUACUCUGCUCCAGCCACUCAAACCCUCUCCCUCCAGCAACAACCUGUGUUCGGCCUACACCAGCGACGCGGCGCUCUCUGUGCCCAGCCUGUGUGCUCCCACCCCAGGCUGUGUAAAGUUCAGCUGGGGUUCGGAGCGUUUGGCCUUCAAGCCUGGCGGCAGGAGGACGCGCUUUCUGAGUACGCCCUGCUUGGCUCUUUGGAAGAUGGUGAAAAAAGUCUGCCCCUGCAACCAGCUCUGUAGGACUAAUAGCACCAACGCAGUGAGCGGUUCAGGUGGUUUGGGUCAGAGCCAGGGGGGUUCUCAGUGUCUGCCCUCCAACAUGUCCGCCCCGCACCAGAGGAAAGGAACCUUCACCGAUGACCUCCAUAAACUGGUGGACAACUGGGCCAGAGAUGCCAUGAACCUCUCACAGGGGAAGAGGAGUGCCAAACAGCUGCAGCAGGCCCCAGCACAGGGACAUAGCUACGAGGUUAUCCAGUCAGCCAGUCUGGGCAGGAAGUACUCUUCUCCCACCCAGCUUUGUCCCAGCAGCAUUGGAGGUUCAGCCCACCUCCCUACGAACUCCACCACCGCUACCUCUCUGGCUACCCGAAAGGGCUCCCUGUGCCACCCCCCUGCCUCAUCCACUCCAUCUCAACCCCAACCUCCUCAGUUCAUCCACUACAACCCCACCUCCGCCUUCAGCGCACAAUGGUCCGGACCGGCUCACGGCGUGUCAACCCCACACCAGGUCCCGGCACAGCCUGGGCCUCUACUGGUCAGCACCUCCCAGCCCCUGGGCCCCUACUCCACUGUUGGUGGACAGGGCCAGAUUCCAGGGCAGGGGCCACUCCAGGCUUUCCAUCUGACCAAUUCUCUCAAGAAGUCGGUUAGCAACCCAGGAGGACCCAACCUGAGGACCACGUAGGGCUGGGGGUGAGGGCUGGUUGGAAUUACGGCCCGACUGGACUGUUGUAGAACAGAGUGUUACAGACUGGAGAGGAUGUAAGAACUGCAGGAGCGUGGACAGCGAGGGGUUUGAAAUGACAGAAGCUGACUUGUUCAAGAGGAGAAAUGAAGAGGAGCGAAGAAAUCAGGAAUGCGAUGUGGUCACAUCUCCACAGUUAUGCAUCUCACACCUGCAUUCGUGUGUGUGUGUGUGUGUGUGUGUGUGUGUGUGUUCUGCUGUGUUUUACAGCGGGCUUGUGACAGUCAGCCAAAUGCUCAAGGAUAAAGGAAAAGACUCAUGAGUGCAAUGUUAUAAGGCCAAAGAGGUUUUGACAGGGUGCGGGAUUGGUGUUAAUAACUGUUUGUGUGUGAGGUAUUUUGUAUGCGCAUUUAUGGCUCAGCCACACUUGUUUAAUUUCAUUCUCUAAAUUGAGUGAGCAAGUCUUUACAAGGCAGGUCACACAAUCACCCUUGUGAGACAGCGGAGGAGAGAUGAGGAGGAAUGUGGUGGCCAGCUUUGUGUCCACACAACACCGUUUAAUAGCUUCUAAUGCUGUGAUGCUUAAAAUAUGUAAUAUGUCAACGGUUUAGUUCUCAGACUGAGUAUUAAAAAGAAAAUGUCAAGCUCUCGAAGAAGAAGAUAGAAACUUGCAGGUUUUCCAAAAAGAAUAGAAAAGACAUUGGCACUGCAUAAAGAGCUAUAGUGGAUACAGAGGGGGGGCAUGGCUGGCCAUCGCAUUAAGGUUGGCUUAGUGUUCAGUGUCAACAUUAAACGAUGCACAUGAGGCUACCGCUCUGAAAUCAACCAGUGGCAGAAUCUUAAGUUCAGGAAGUGUUUUUUCUUCAGUAUUCAGAAUUUGGAAAUGUUCCUCAAUUCAAAGCACAAAAAUUUAAGAACAAAUCAAACUCACAUUGAGAAUUUGAGCGUCUGGACGUCGAGCAUGGAUCAGAGUAGGUACUGUCCAGCACUUAGUGGGGUUUUGACUCGUCGGCUUGCAGAAAGAAUUUAUGACCGCUACUCCUCUGUAACCUUCAGUGUCUUGUUCCUCCCUUGUUCUGACAAACCAUUCAAACAGAUGGAGAGUGGUGGAUGAAGAGGGAGAGCAGCGAGCAAGUGUUUCUAUUAAAUAACAGCUCAUCGGUCUCCUGUUCCACGGCUUACUUUAGGAGCACACUGGGCUGUGUGCACCAUUACUAAAGUGCUGAAUGGACUGGAAAGAUGCCUCUGCACACCAAACACCUCUUCCUCCAUCCCUCUCUCCGCCUCUCUGUUGCCAUUUGAAGCAAUAACAGCAGAAACCUUUUAGAGAUUAAAAAAAAAAGAAAAGAAAGCCCAAACAUGAGAGAACUGAGCGUGAAAAAGUGGCCUUGUUAUCAGAAUAAUAUCAGAGUCCCUGUACAGGUUGUGUCUCUGUUUAUUUUUUAGAACUUCAGCCAUGAUGAUUCCAUUUCGUUGUUUUAUUGUUUUUGUUUUGUUGGGUUUGUUUUGCUUGCUGCCCCCAGCUAGCAAACACACACACACACACACACACACACGCACACACACACACAAUAUGCAUGAGACAUUCAUAUAAACACACACACCUGCAUACACACACAGUCAUGCACAGACUCCUGUAAAUACACACACAUUGUUGGAGGCAUAGCAGCCGUUUAACAGACAAAUACACAGACUAAUGCCUCAGUUCUUUGUGUCAUCAUUAGGUUGGUUUCAACAUUUGUGUUGAAAUGAUUGCAAUGUACAUUGUUGUCAUAAUUAUUGUUGUUAAUGAAUAUUAUUCUAUUUAAAAAAAGAAACAAAAACGUGUUCUGUCGAUGGACCUGUUAUACGCACACAUCGGUGUACGAUGUGGAAACACUGUGAUUAUUGUUUAUUAUUAGCAAAUGUUGUUGGACAACAUUAGAUUUAGGGUGAAUAUCACAAAUAAAAUAAAAAAGGAUGCAGAGAUCAGUUUGGGGUCCUUUCACUUUCAAUUCACUGCUUUCAGCAACUGGAUUCUCAUCAAAAUGUGAAAAUUGAGAACACCUCCUUUUCAAUAAUCGUCCUCACAUCCAGCGACUGAGGACAUGCUUGAAAUGAAUGCCUUACCGACAACUAAUCAACUGCAGUGUUAGUUCCUUUUUUAUAACUGAUUGAAUUGAAAGUCGAAACUGACCUCCAAGUCUGAAUAUAAAGACAAACCGGAGUGAACGGCAGGAUAGUUGAUAUUUAGAUAAUAAAGAAAUGCUAGCUAUUUUGUUUCUUAAUACAGUACUUAUAUAUCAGACACUUUAAAUAGCCCUCCUCUUCCCUUUCUCCCCUGGUUUUGUUAGAUGAAUGUGAAUGUAUAAACCAAUGGUGUCCAUUUUAAUGUACUUGAAAAAAAAAAGUCUGUCUUUUAUUUUAGCUUUCUUUUGCUUCCCCUGACCCUCCCCUAGAGCCUCCGGUGAAUACCGGAGGUACUUACUAGUGCCUUGCAUUCUUCCUGUUGCUUGUGUCCGCGGGGGUUGAGGACUUGGGUCAAAGUAAGCACGCUUCGACAGCAUGUGUGGAGAGUUUUACGGGGGGUGUCACUUUGAAGUCAGUUGAUUGGACCUGGUGUUGGAGCAGGUAUGCAGUAGAUUGGUGGAGAUGCAGUAAUGAUGGCUGUUAGCCGCUUCAGCGUGCGCUACAGCUGGUUUGUGGUUAAUUCUCUUCGAUUUCAAAUUAUUGAGUGUGUUUUCCCCCUAAAAGAAAAAAUGUUUCCUCAUCUUAGCUCUUUGAAUUGAUAGAAAGAUGAAUUGACCCCAACUCUGCUGCCAUUUAAACCAAUGAGAUUGACCACUUAAGAUUGGAAAAAGGCCACCAUAGUGUUGUUUCUGUGAAGGGAGGCCCAUUGCUGUGCUUUACCGACACACGAGGCCUGACUAAAGGCCCGGUUUCACUGCCAACGUGAUGAACGAUGGAGAGAACAUGAGAGUUUAUCUGUGCCAUUUCUUCAGGGUUUUAAAUGUAGGUAUUGGGUGGGAGGGAGUUGUUAAAGAUUGUAUUUUAAGCUUGGACCACUCUGUAUUUUAGAGGCACUGGCCCAGGUGCAGCAUAAAGUCAACAGAGGACUCAUUGGUACAGUGAACUAAAAUUAUUUUCUUUUUCUGUUGAUGUAGUAUAGAUUCCAAAGGACCCAGGUUAAAAGACUCAUUUCGACUUAGUGUGUCUAAAUUUCAAUCUCUUGAGUCUUCGAUAGCUGGAUUGAAAUGUGGUAGGGGCCAUGAUGUUCUACUCUUCUAUCGGUUGAAGUGGGUUCAAAAGGAAUUGGCUUGUGAAAUGGUGCGAGUGGCUAGUGAUGAUGCUGUGGCCUCUGGAUUAGGGAAAUCAAUUAGAUUUGACAGUGACCAAACACGCCACCAACUGUCAUCAAGAUUCAAAAGAUGCUAAAUCCUGAUUGGUGCUCUCCACUUCAAACGAGUGAGAAGAGAACAGAGAAACAAAGAAAUACAGAAGUCUCUCCUGUAAAGUGUCCAAACGUUGUCAUGAAAUAGUAUUUUUAUGUAGGAACCCAUCAAUCACAGUAAGAAGCUAAUUGAGAAAAUAGGUUUUUAAGCCAUCUAGCUCCUCUAGUGUAACCCAAAUAAUUUACGCGGCCAGCAGAAUUAUACUGUUUUUUUUGUUUGUUUUUAGAGAAUUGCUGCUAUUUUGCAAAACAAGUCUGCAAAAGGUAUGAAUAUUGUCUCUACACUCCUGUUCCCACUGUAUGUUUCUGUAGCUGCACCAUUGGGCUUCACAGAAAUGACUGUUAACCAUAAAUGUAAGCAAUAUUUGAACAUAAGGGCAUCGCAGUGCUAGAGGUGGUGGUGGUGGUGGUGGUGGUUAGAAUGGCUUUGAGCACACUGGUGGUUCUGAUGAUUGUUCUGGUAGUGAUGACGGUGGUUUAACUGAUGGGAGUGAUAGUGAUAAUGGCGGUUUUAGAUUCAAGGCCUUUGACACCCUGUCCUCUUGUCUUUUUCUUUUCAUUUGUCCGUGCAAAUGAAACAUAUCUGGUACAAACUUUUACAUUCACUUAAAAGAAUUUGGGAAUGGGUGUUCUGGUGUUCACAUCAAAAAGGUUACUUUGUAAAGUUUGUACAAAGAAAACAUAGCUUUUGCUUGUUUCUUGGGAUAUUUUCCAUUUCUCAUGAAUAAUAAUGCAACAUUUUUUACUACUAGGCAAGUUUGGUUGAAGCUGUGAAUAAUCAUUGAGCCACUUUGCUUUAGUUCUGGUAAUCAUGAUCUGUUCAAAGAAGUCAAACCUUUAAUGACGCCAUCGACUCAGUGCCAUUUGACUUUUUGUCAGUGGAGUGGAAACAUCAGAGGUAAAGAAUCUAAAAAAAAGUAAAUUCAGUGUAUUUUUUACUAAUUUUACUCACUGGAGCUGUUUUGGUUGCCAGGUAACAUCCUGGAUUUUCAUUUUGCAAUUGCACGAGCCUCAAAUGAUUUCCACAGUAGAAGUUUGAUCAUAUUUUGCUGUGUCUCUACUACAUAAUUACUUUGAAAGGAAUGCCUACUGUGCAGCGGCUACAAUGCAAUAUUAUUUAAAGUUACAGUAAGCUGUCAAGCUCUGAGGUUACAGUUUGGUUUGACAGUUACGCCCCCUCCUGGAGGACUCUUAUGUUUUCCAGCUCUAGAGUCAAAGAUCAGUGGGUGCAUUUAUUGUGAAGUGUUUUUUUUGUUUUGUUGUGGUGGAGGACUCUUACUGUGAAAGGCUUGAGAGUUAUCCAGUGCCCGCACUCUUAUUGUGAAGUUAAAGUGGAAAAGUAGGAUUCUUUUUCUGGUGACACACAUACGGUGUAGCAAUAGUUGUUUUAGAUUCAGUUUCACAGUUUUUGCCUGUUCAGGAUUCGCUAACCUUUAUGCUUUUUACUGUAGAGGUGCCAACAUGUAAAAAAUGCCUUUCAGUGCACCAACAGAUCCACACGUACAGAUUGAUUCAGUGUAUCUCCCUGCUGUUUCAUGUAGCUUGCUCCUGUGGAAUGAUGUCGAGUCUCCAGCACAGCAACAGUUUCUCUGACUGUUACUGAAAAACAUUUUUCUCAACAUGUUUCUGGUUUCUCUGAUGCUCUCAUGUUUUGUUUUGUUUUUAUUUCUCACUUGUUUUAUCAGCAGUUUUAAUGUCUGUAGCGGCACCUAACUUAAUUCAGUGGUUUAAUUUUUUCUGUAUCGUGUUUGACAUUGUACAAAGUGGUUGAAUUAAAAAUAAACACAUGAAUGAAUGAAACAAAAACAAAAAAAAUACAUGUAGGGAGUCAUCGGCAGCCUUUAACGGUAUGUUUUGCACUAAGUAUAGAGUGUUCAAGCUUCAUAUAAAAAAAAAGAAAAACUGCGCUACAAUAAAAUGAAAUUUGUUACUUUAUUUGUAAAAACUUAAUAAAUAAAAAUUGUUUAAAUUAA